ACUAAAUAUAGGUAACGUUAGCCUGCUAGCUAGCUAGUGCUUCGAUUUCAAGAUUGGAUUUUGUCGUUGUGUUGGCACCUACUGUAAUUAUGUCUACACAAUCGAUUUUUAAACCGGUGACCCAUGUUCUUUUCGACAUGGAUGGAUUAUUAUUAGAUACAGAGAGGCUGUACACGGUGUCAUACCAGGAAGUAUGCGACAGGUUUGGAAAGAAAUACACCUGGGACGUGAAGUCUUCUGUGAUGGGAAAGAAAGCUAUGGAGGCUUCCACCAUUAUACGAGACUCCCUAGAACUACCAAUGACACCAGAGGAACUUCUCAGUGAGACUAGAAAAAUUCAGGAGAAGAUAUUUCCUUCAGCUCAAUUGAUGCAAGGAGUGGAGAAUCUCGUCCACCAUCUCCGUAAACACAAUGUGCCCAUCGCUGUAGCGACAAGCUCAGCAGGCCUGGCGUUUGCGAUGAAGACCAGUCAGCACAAAGCCUUCUUUGACCUGUUCAGCCACAUCGUCCUAGGGGAUGAUCCCGAUGUGAAAAACAGCAAACCUCAGCCUGACUCCUUUUUGGUGUGUGCCAGCAGGUUCACUCCUCCUGCACCUCCGGCCACGUGCCUGGUGUUUGAGGAUGCUCCUAUGGGUGUUAAGGCCGGCUUGGCGGCUGGGAUGCAGGUUGUCAUGAUCCCUGAUGACAAACUGGACCGAGGCCUUACCCAGGAGGCCACACUGGUCCUGAGGACCAUGGAGGACUUCAAACCAGAGAUGUUCGGCCUGCCGGCCUAUGACUGAGCUCCAUCUCCGCUUCCUGCUCAGGGCUGAGAACCUCCAAUCCACCCCUGCUUUUUACCCUCCAUCUUCACCAUUUAGCCUGAUCAAAGCAAUGUAAUGAUGCUAAUCACAACGAUCACAAUGCUGAUCCAAAUUAUGCAAUACCUGGGAAUUUGAUUGUUACUUGGAACUGUGAUCAAGUUGUUGUUAGUCGAAUAUUAAUAUUUUUGCUUUGGCCAAAUAAUGAGAACGGCUGAGAAUAAUGGUUGAAUUGUCAACAUAAUGAGAGGUCAUUUUUUUUUGUCUGAACCUUUUACACGGGUUGGUAUUGUAAGCAACUCGCUGCCGAUCAGUUUAAAGGCUUUUAUUGUGAUUUGGUUGUGCAUCCUAAAUGGCACCCUGUUCCCUACAUAGUGCACUACUUUUGACCAGAGUCCAACACAGCCAUUCUAGGUAAAGAUGUAUCCGUCUCUGAGUUAAUGUCCUUGAACAGAUUUCAUAACCAACUGCAGUUUAAGCUGUUCGAUUCUCCCUCUUUUCCCUGCUUCAUACCAUUUGCCACUCUUCUUUGAGCGGGGCCUAUUGAAAUGCCAAAGACACUUUCCCAGCUUGGAUGUGUAAUCCAAUAAAGAUGGUGAGAGAAA